AUGCCUACAUUCAGCUACGCGCAAGCUGCGAAGGGCGUGUCCGAGACACCAGUAGCCACCAAGGCGGUUUCUACAGAGCCCGAGAAAACCGAUUUCAAGCCGGAAGAGCAGACCAACAAUGUCUCCGCAGAGUCGGUGCCCACAACCUCCGAGCCGGAUACCCCACAGGAGACCGAGAAGGUGGUUUCUAGUGUUGACCCAGAAGGUGAAUUCACUACUGUGACCAGCAAGGCCAGAUCCAAGGUGCCUCAUUCCAGGACUUCAUCUCCGAGCGUCCGUUCCACCACCACACCGACCAAAGAGGGUGAUUCCUCAAAUACCUCCAACGGGACCCCAGAUGCAUCAUCCGAGAAGCAGGUUCAGGCUGAUACCAAGGCCGAGAAGACUGAAAAGACUGAGAACGGCUCUGAGGAGACCAAAGAAAAGGCUGGAAAAUCGGACAAGGCCGAGAAGAACACCCCACCAAAGGAGCUGAAGGCGGCUCCUCUUCCAACAGUCAACAUCUGGCAACAACGGAAAGAGGCCCAAGAGGCUAAAGCCAAGACUUCACCAGUCCCUGAGUCUGAUAAGUCUGCUUCUGGGAAAGCAACUGAGGAAAACCAGCAAGAUUCUGUGAAGACCUCCAAGAAGAAGUCGGCCGAUGGUGCCCAAGAAAGCAACAAGACCAAGAAGGCUGACGGCAAGGGCCGAGAUGGUGCACUGCCUCCUGUCGAAGAUGCCUCAUCAUGGCCUACACCGCAGGUCGCCAUUGGCGAAGACAAGAAGAAGGCCCAAGAGAAGACUGACAAGACUGAGAAGACCGAGAAGAGCCCAGUCAUGCGACCUCACGGCAAGGAGAAGUGGAUGCCCGUUAACUAUGUCCCCACAGCUGUCUUCAACACCCCCCUCCCCUCCGCUGGCCGUGGAGGAGGUGGUCGAAGACCCGCUCGUGGCGGACGCGAUGGUGGUCGUGGUGGAGCCCAUGGUGCCGGUGCUCCAGCCGGCGACAAGGCUGCUUCUGGUCAGGCUACUCCUACCGCUACCGGCAAGCAGGCCUCUGGAGACCGUGGUCGUAACGAAGCCAACACUAACCGUGCCACAUCUCUCCCCGCACAACCUCGUCGCUCCACCAGCACUGACGCGAACGCCGCCGAGGGACGUAAGGCUCAAGCCGCUGAGCGGAACAACCGGGCUCCCCGCACUGAAGAGGCGGCUGUCGCGAAUGGAAAGCAAGCAAACGGCACCGAGAACGCUAGUCGCGCUCCCCGUGAUGGAAAGCAGUUCAACCGGAACAAUGAUUCUCGCAAUGGCAAAGGUGGUAACUUGACUGUUGAUCCCCAGGCUGCGCCCCGCAACAAUGACCGCCGCUUCGAGUCUGGUUCCAAGUCAGCCGACAUUAACCGCGAAGGUGCUGGUCCUGGUGGCUUCCAGGAGUUCAACCGGGAGCAACGCGGAGGCCGUUCCAACCGGGGCCGUGGGGGUCCUUACUCAGGAGGAUUCGGAGGCCAGAACUCCCAGUUCGGCAACGUUGGAAACAACUUUGUUCCCAAGAACUUUGGCUUCAACGACCGCCAACGAUCCCAGCACAACGUGCCUAACGGCUCUCAGCAGCCCAACCGGAUGCCCAUCCGUUCGCCCUCAUUGCCUGCCUCGGCUGGUGUGUACGGUGGUGUCUACCCCUUCCCUGCUGAUAUCAACACCAUGUACCCUUACCAGGGUGUGAACCCCGGUCCUAUGAGUGCCGUCCCCUUCCAACAGUAUAUGGAGCCCUACUCUCUCAUGUCCAUGCUUUCCAUGCAACUGGAGUACUACUUCUCCGUUGAUAACAUGUGCAAGGACAUGUUCCUUCGCCGUCAGAUGGAUUCUCAAGGAUUUGUUCCUCUCAAUGUGAUUGCCAGCUUUAAGCGUGUCAAGUGCAUGACCGAGGACUUUGAGCUUCUGCGCCACGUCGCCCGCCAACUUCGCAACGUGGAGAUCCAGACUGGUGAGGAUGGCAUUGACCGCCUGCGUCCUCGUGAGAGAUGGUCUCAAUGGGUCUUGCCCUACGACCAACGCGAUGCUGCUGCUCAACAUGACGGUGCUGCUCCUGCACAGUCCGCAAAGAACGAUGAGAACGUUCCCCUCAACAACCACGCCGACGCUGUUUCAAAUGGUUCUUCCAUCAACCCCGGAUCACAACAAUUCAUCCCCAACGGUACCGGCCACAGCAAUCUUCAGACAUCCCUUUCGUCUACUGCCCCAGAGUUUUUGCCUUCGGCGCAGAAUGAAAUUGCCAAUGUAGGGACCCCCAAGGAUUAUUUCCCCUCGCCUAGAGCCCACCCCGGACUGGCAUCCCCUUAUCCUGACUUCGUUCAAUUUCAAAUCGCAGUUAUUGACAAUCCUGGCUCAGCGCGCCGAAUAGAUUCCCGACAACCGACCCCCCCAUCCCUCACCACCUGUAUUAACGAGACAGCAGUCUGGCCAGCUGACUACCUUUCUUCCCUAACUAUUAGAUUUGAUGGGGAGCGCAGGAUGCGUCGCCCGAGCAACUCUUACUCUUACGUUCAUUCAAACAACAGACCACCCUAUAAACAAAGUCAACAUCUGGUCGAGCAGAAUGGAAGGAGCUUCCAUACGCAAAACAAGCCUGCUUAUCUGCAUGAUCAACAUUAUUCCCCUCAAAAUCGAAGUUCUGAGAUUCAAGCCACACCGGUGUGGUCUUCUAUUGGUGAUCCUUUCCAGGAGGAUCCAGCUCGCUACCAAACCUGGGCUGAGGCCUUGAUGAUCAAAUUCGAUUCGCAAAUGUACAAUGAAUUUAGGCGUUCAGCCCUUGAUGAUCUUUUCACACGACACAUCGACAAUGGAUUCAAUCUUCUUCUUGAAUUUUACCGUUCUUCUUUAACCCGUCAUCGUCGAUUUCCCGAUGAAGUUCUUGAUGAUAUGGCGGGCUUGUGCUACAAUGAGCUGCUGAAACCUCGCGAUAAAAUCUUUGAAAUGCUGUCGUCUGCAGUUUUUGCCCGAGAAUUGGAUCACUGCAAUUACGCCCGUGUUCGCGAUGUUUUCAACCGCAAGUUCGGUACUCAAUGGAGACGACCAUUAUCGAAAUUCCCAUAA